CACUGUUGUCCAAAGGGUUUGAUAACAAAACACAGCACCCAGAAUUAUAGUCUUUGGCUAUUUUAGAAAAUAAUUACGUUAAAAAAAAAAUCAAUAUAGAAAAAAAUAUGAUUCAUUAACUAUCAGUUAUUCAUAUCUCCAUCAUUAUUUUUAUCAAUAUACUAUAAACAUUAUCCCUUUAUCAUUACCUCUGUUUUGUAACAGAGGAGCCCUCAAAACAACAAUAUUAGUAUACCCUCAGAAUACCCUGAAGCUCAUUUAGAAAUAUGUCAGGGGCACUUCCUAAAUAUCUCCUAUCACUCACACCUGCAUAUGGGUCACAGGGAACAUAUGGCACAGCAUAAUUUGUACGUGGUGGCCCCCAAUCAAACUACUGCUGGGACCUUACCAUCCUAGUCAGCAGACACAUCUGAGCCACAACAGGAUCAACUACAGAGCACCCAGUGCGGACACUUUGAUCACUGACACCCCCAUUCCGGUUCCAGACCACUCACAGAAAGGUGUAUAAUUCCAGCCCUGGAUUCUACAGUAACUCCUCUUCUGAGAAGGAAGGCGCUCCAUCCCAGUGUUUUCUCUCUGUUGUUAUAUUCUCUUAGACACAUUCAGCCAGCCAGGCAGACAGAUAACCAGGCAGGCAGUAUGGUGGCAGUGGACCUCCAAGGGCUGCCAGAAGAGGGGUGGCACUACCAUCAGUUGCGUCGGCCCUCCAUGGAAGGGGGGCACCACCAGCUGUGUCGGCCCUCCAUGACCCCGUGCCCGAGCAGGGGGCUGCCCCAGAACCGUCCCCAGCAGACCCGCAAAAAGCUCCAAGUCAUCAUCUGCAUCCUGCUGGUGGAGCUGUUUGAGAGGUUCACCUUCUUUGGGAUUGUGUGUAACAUGAUCCUGUUCUGUACGGUGAAGCUGGGCUAUGAUCACUACCAGGCUGCUACCGUUAACCUGUGCUUUGUGGGGGCCAGUACACUCACUCCUGUGAUGGUGGGAUGGUUUGCUGAUACCUGCCUUGGGAGAACCAAGGUGCUCUACUUGUGUACUCUGCUCCAUCUCUUUGGCACAGCCAUGCUCCCAGUGGUGGCGUUCCCGUUCGAGGACUUCUACAUCGACACGCACAACAUGAUUCACCAGAUGGAGCACCGGGAGCAGCACAUCCUGUUCUACACUGGCCUGCUUGCAGCUGCCCUGGGCAUCGGGGGCAUCCGUGCCAUCCUCUGUCCCGUGGGGGCAUACAAACUACAGGGCUACGACCAGCACCAGUUGCUCUCCUUCUUCAACUGGUUCUACUGGCUGGUGAACCUGAACUCGAUGAUAGUGUUUCUGGGUAUCGCCUACAUCCAGCAGUCAGUGGCCAACAACCUGGGCUUCCUCAUCCCCUUCAUGUCUGUGCUGCUGAUGCUCAUCGCCAUACACAUGGUCCGCAACAACCUCAUCUUCAGGUCCAAGAAAGGCAGUUCCCUGCUGACCACUCUAGGGGUGUUCCUGAACUCUCUGAAGAUGUGCUGCCUACACUACCGCCACCUGAGUGGAGAUGUAGCCAGCUGGUUGGACCGCGCCAAGGAGAACAACGGGGGGCGCUACAGUGAGACACACGUGGAGAACGUCAAGGUCCUGGCAAGGCUCUUCCCCCUGUACGGCUUGCAGAUACUGUACCGCGCCUGCAUCACUCAGAUUCCAUCAGGUUACUAUAUUCAGACCAUGAACUCUAACCUGCACCUGAACGGCUUCCUCCUGCCCAUCGGUGCCAUGAACCUCAUCAGCAUCCUACCUCUGCUGCUGCUGGCCCCUCUCAUGGAGUGCAUCACCUCCUGCUACCUGUCCAUGGAGAAAACACCCUUCUCCCCCGCCAGAGUCAUCACACUGGGUCAUGCGUGUGCGUCCCUGUCUGUCCUGGUAGCGGGCCUGUCUGAGGUCCACAGGAAGGGCUAUCCUCUGACAGAGCAGGCCCUGUCAGGGAAGGUGCUUCAGGUGUCCUCCAUGGCCUGCUUCCAGCUGGCUCCCCAGUACAUCCUACUGGGUCUGGCUGAGGCCCUCGUCACCCCCUCCUGCUCUGUGAUCUCCUUCCACAUGACACCAAGUCAUAUCAGAAGCAUCUCCCUGCACUUCCUCACCCUGUCCUACGGAGGGGGCUGUUUCCUGGGAGCCCUCAUCAUCCAGCUGGUCUACCUACUCUCUGGAGGUAACUUCUACCCAAACACACUGCAUGAAGGGAAUCUGGAGCAUUUUUUCUUCUUCUUAUCCAUGUUGAUGACCAUAAACACUCUGGUGUUCUGGUGGAUAUCUUACAGGUACCUAGACCUGAGUGUGGUGCAGAGUAGAGGAGUAGGAAGCAGCCUUCUGGCAGAGAAGCUACUGCAGUACAAGACCUGCCUGCGAUUCUACGACACCAUGGAACGCUCCUCCACAAUAGCCUCCAUAGAAACAGUGUGACCUCUACACUACCUUCAUCCCCUGUAGUGCUGGAGUUCCACUUGGUUUAUUUAUGUACACUACAUGACCAAAAGUAUGUGGACACCUGCUCGUCGAACAUCUCCCAACAUCAUGGGCAUUAAUAU